UCCGCAGCCGCCGCUGUCCGCCGCUGUGGGACUCGAGAGAGCUGCUCCAAGCGUGUCCUGAGCGAGUGCUGUAACGCAGCGAGUGCGAGAGGUUGUACUGAGAGGAAAAGAGCUGAGUGCAUCCUUGAACAAUUAUUUGCCUGGGACAGCGGGUUUUUUUUUUUUCGCAGCUCGUCUCCGCGUCCUAGAUUUCACGUGACAGUUGCACAGGGCGGUGAGCGUUACCUGGUCUGGCCGAAGAAGAAGUAGCAUCUGUGCGCCUGGAGAAGAUUGUAGGCAAGCGGACAACGAAAAUACGUGUAGCUUUAGCGCAAAUCAGGGGGUGAGGUCUGAGGCUGGUGUAGGAUGCGUAUGCCAGAGCCUGUGUUCAUGUGAAGCACCUGGUGCCAGUCUCGUUUGGGGAUAUGGAGAAAAGCAUUGAGACCUCAGCUACUGUACUUCUCCCGUGUCAUUGUACCUAGCGCCUGUGAGAGGACAGCUUUCUCCUGCAGAGGAUGCCUAACAGGCUGAAGACGUAGUACUGAAGAUUGAUGGAGGGCCAUGCUAUUCAAACAGCAGGCGUUGCUGAGACAGAAGCUGUUAGUGCUGGGGAGCCUUGCUAUUGGAAGUCUCUUGUAUCUAGUUGCCAGAGUUGGGAGCUUGGAUAGGCUGCAGCCGGUUUGCCCCAUAGACAGCAGACUGGCGCCUCAGCUCCCAGAACAGAUCCCGCUGCGCACGCUGCAGUACAAGCGCGGCCUCCUGCACGAGCUCCGCAAGGGGAACGCCACGAAGGAGCAGAUCCGCCUCCACAACCUGGUGCAGCAGCUCCCCCGGGCCAUAAUCAUCGGAGUACGGAAAGGGGGCACAAGGGCGCUCCUGGAAAUGCUGAACCUCCACCCUGCGGUGGUCAAAGCCUCGCAGGAAAUCCACUUCUUCGACAACGACCAAAACUACGCCAAGGGCAUCGAGUGGUACCGAGGGAAGAUGCCCUUUUCCUUCCCCCACCAAAUCACGAUAGAGAAAAGCCCCGCCUACUUCAUCACCGAGGAAGUCCCCGAGCGCAUCUUUAAAAUGAACUCGUCCGUCAAGCUGCUAAUUAUCGUGCGGGAACCCACGACGAGAGCCAUUUCAGAUUACACGCAAGUGCUGGAGGGGAAGGAAAGGAAGAAUAAGACGUACUACAAGUUCGAGAAACUCGCCAUUGAUACUAACACCUGUGACGUGAACACAAAAUACAAAGCGGUACGAACCAGCAUUUACACCAAACAUUUGGAGAGGUGGCUGAAGUACUUUCCUAUCGAGCAGUUCCACAUUGUGGACGGUGACAAGCUUAUAACGGAUCCCCUGCCCGAGCUGCAGCUCGUUGAACAGUUCCUAAAUCUCCCUCCGAGAAUUAGCCAGUAUAACUUAUAUUUUAAUGUUACCCGAGGCUUCUACUGCCUGCGAUUUAACAUUGUCUUUAACAAGUGCCUGGCUGGUAGCAAGGGGAGAAUACACCCGGACGUGGACCCCUCUGUUGUCACAAAGCUGCGGAAGUUCUUUCACCCCUUCAAUCAGAAGUUUUAUCAGAUCACUGGCAGGACAUUCAACUGGCCGUGAAGACCAACGUUUACAACACAUGGCGGCGCCUGUGGGCGUUUUUGAAAUGCCCUGCUUGAAAAAAAAAUUUUAAAAGCACUUUGAGUCAAAUAAAGACUUACAAAUUAUCACGAUGUGACCAAAUAUAAAAUGGGAUCAAUAUUUGUUUAUUUGUUGAGUAAUUAAAUGUGCGGCAAACCCAUCACCUCUUUAUUUUGAAGGUCCGUUUAGGCCAUCAAACACAGUCGCUGUUUGAUGUUGUGUGAUAGAUUACAAUGGGACUGCUCUCUAAGCUUUUACACAAUGCUAUUUUUCAAUGGAGUGUUGCUUACAUGUCUGAACAAUAUGCUGAGACAUGUGAUCUGUUAGUCCUGAUUUUCACAACCCGCGGGUUGUCCACCUUAGAAAAAGGAGAUAUCAAUAAAAAAGUGUUUGUGGAACAGUAAUAAAUGCCAUAACUUCAGAUGCAGUACAGCUUUUUCACACACAGUAAAAUGUUUUUGUUGUAUUUGUAUUUGAAUUUGUAUCAGUAUGUUUUGUCACAUUCAGACAUUUAAGAAACAUAGCUCUCUAUUUUUGUUUUCAUCACAUGAAAAGAACCAUUAAACUGUUUAAACUAAGCAUUAUCCUGUAUUUCAGAAUAUCUGCAAUCCUUAGUCUUGUAGUCAGUAAUGGAGGUAUUAAGAUAAAAAGUUGAAUUUUGAAAUCAUUAUCAGAUGUCCAGUUUGUUCUAUUUUCUUUUCUUCUAUGUAACCUUUAUAAGGAAAAAUCAGCAAUCAUUUCAUUGCAGGAAUGACAUGAAAAAAUAUGUUAAACCAUGUUUAUGUAUUUCAUUUUUCAGGGAAGUCUGAAAUGUCUUCAAGCAAUUUUUUUGCUUUUUCAAAGAGCUGGACAUUUUUGUUAUAUUAGAAGUGUUUGACUAAUAGACUUCAAUGCAAAUAAGGAACACCAACAUUUUUCAACAGCUAUGUAUUUCUGCAUGUAUGAGUCUUUGACCAUGCAUUAUCAGUGCUUAAAUGUAUAUUUUAUAGUGGGGACUUACUGAAACUGUAUUCUGAAUUCUGCAAUGUUGACAGUCAUGACAGGCUAUGAUGAAGAACUCCUGACAUUUCUUAAUUCCUUACUGAAAUGCUUUAAAUUUUGAGUAAUAAUUUUAUUUAUAUUUAGUUAUUUUGCUGUUAGUGCCUAACUGGUACAAAAGAACAAUUUGUUGUACUGGAGUUAUAACUUAUCCCUUGAUGCAGGUAGGUAGCUAGAUGCUACAGGAAUGUUAAAAUUAUUUUUGAAUGCUCAGAAAGAUAUAUCCCAUGCUACUCUAUUGUCAUCAAAAAUGUCUGUAAUGUGAUUAAUGCUUUUUUUCUCUCUUAAUAUACAACAUGGAAUGUGUACUUUAACGAUGGUAAACAGAAACUGAUUUUUAUCGAUGCUCUGGCUUAAGAAAUUGUUAUGGAAAAAUAACUGCUUUUCUUUCAUUUAUACUACAGAGACAUUAAAUCAAUGUAGGACACAAAAGUAGGAUGCACCUACCUACCAUGAUUUUUAGGUGUGUGUUAACCUGAAUAAAAUUUGUUGGAGGAAAGAACCAGUAAUAUUAUUAAGAGCAACAUUUCUAAAUGAGUCAUUAUUCCAUUGAAAAAUAGGUUUUAUGUUUUCAGUUUUAUCCAAAGAAAUAUAAACCGUCAUUUUCUCUCUGCAUGCCAGGGGAUUUCUGGAGCAACAGCAUGUUAGCCCUAGGGACUGCAAGCAUGUGUUACUAGAACACUAUUCUGUCAAUAUGCACAUUAACAUUGACAGGGCAUGCUAAAAAUCACUCGUUUGCCAUCAUUCUUUUGAAAAAAAUUUAAAUGAUGCACAUCUCAUACACUUUAAAUUCAUUUGACUAGUGACAUACCUAAAGAAAGCCAAAUUAUACUGUAGUUUUUUCUUCUUUCUACUUUUCAGCAUGUAAUUAACCACCACCUUUCCUUAACUCCUAAAUAGAAUCCUUCUUUUUCUUCAUUUGCAUAUAUUCUUCUUUUUCAGGUGUUUCUAAAUUACUGUGUAAGGCUAUUCUUUUGCCUGUUGUGAAAUACGUUCCACGUGAAAUAUGACUAUAACACUCAUUGUACUGGUAAAAUAUUCCUAUAUUUUUGUGUCCAUUUCUGCUGUAAAAAGUUUCUUUUCAGCCUUUAUAAGUGGAUAAAUAUGCAUAUACAAUAUGAGACAAUUUUCACAUAAGUAAAUAGACACUGCCUUUUAAAUGAGCUCUAGCUCAGUUCAUACUAUGCAAUAAAUAUGGGCCUGUUCAGUAUUUUGUGAAUUUACUCCUUUCCUCUGUAGAAAUCUCUGUUCUUUUAGCACUGUUAGUUCUGUUGAUUUAGCUUUUUUACUUAUACAGUAUUACAUGAUAAGUAAAGUGAUAAGUCAGUGAUUCUUUUGUCACUGGGUAUAACAUAAAUUAGUCUGAACUCUGGUCUCAAAAGGCUUCCUCACUUUUGUUCUGUUUUGUGUGUAUCUAAUAUCAGAAUUGCAGUAAACUUUAUUUUCUUUAAUUAAGUUUAAACUCACACUGUCAGUUAAUCUAUUGGCAUUCUCUGCAAAUCACUGAAAUGAUAGAGAGUUUGCUACCUUGUUUAAACUUGAAAAAGAUAGCCAUGAAAUACUGACAUACCAUAUUUACUUUGUAUGUUGUGUACAUUUGUAUAAAGGAUGCUGAUUUAAAAGUGUCUGUUUACAUAUGAGAUAAUGUUCUGUGUCUUUUGUAUUUUCCAAAUAAUAAACCCCUCAUACUAAAGCUUAAAUCCUCAAAAUCCAUUUUCGAUGUGUUUACUGACAAAAGGUUAAAACUACAACUAAAAUAGGUUAUGCUCUCAUAAAUAUGUACAAAAGGCGUAUUCAUUCAACAAAAACAUUUUUCAUAAUUAAGAGAGACAAAUAUCCAUGUUUUAGCAAGUAAUUCUUCCACAUUGAGAACUACUAAUGUGCUGGAAUAUUAAUUGAUUUUUUUCUCAUUUUGGUUGUGUCCAAUGUUCUGUACGAAUGAUUCUAAAGCAGGAAUUUGGAUCUGGGGGUUGUUUUUGAUGGUAUUUUGGUGUGUUGUGUUAAUUUGCAUAAUGAUACUUAUCAAUAUGUGUAAUAAGAUUAUUCACCACCAUUUUCACCACAGAUUGAAGGUACGGCAUGCGCAGCUAAAGCCUUUCACUGUGUACAUUCUCAACAAUAGAACAUUUUUGUACGAUCUAAACAAUAAUCAAACUGCCGGGAGAAUGAUUCCAUUUCAAGGGAUUCAGAGAAAAAUACUUUUUAUUCUGCUGUCUCACAUUAUUCAUGGUAGCAAAUGCAUUGUUUUUUUAAUUUAAAUUAAGACUUGGAGGUCUUUAAUUGAUGACACUAGGAUUAAACAUGACUUUAUGAUGCA